AUGUGUAGAAUGAAUGAGGAAACUCAGAAGCCAACUGUAUUAAGCUUGAGUAGAGAACACAAUCCCACACAGUAUGAAGAACGGAUGAGAAUACAAAAAGCAGGGGGAAACGUGAGAGAUGGUAGAGUUUUGGGUGUAUUGGAGGUUUCUCGCUCACUCGGAGAUGGACAGUUCAAACGUUGUGGUGUCAUAAACAUCCCGGAUGUGAAAAGGUGUCCUCUCACUGACAAUGACAGGUUUGUUUUGCUGGCCUGUGAUGGUCUUUUCAAAGCUUUCUCAGCAGAAGAAGCUGUAAACUUCAUCUUAAGCCAAGUGCAGGAUGAAAGUGCCCAGGCAGAAGAGGAUCCUGGAGACAUGGAUACCAGCUAUGAAUCUGCCUGCCAUCGCCUUGCUAAUGAAGCAGUGCGACGAGGUGCUGCCGACAAUGUAACCAUACUCAUUGUACAGAUUCAACAUUGA